AUGUUUGAGCCUGAUGGGAAAAGAUUCCUUGUCAGCGGUCACCAUGUUAAGUACAUGAGUUGGACCUUCGACUUUCGAAUGGAUUCAGUUUCAGGCCCUCAACUCUACGACAUUCGAUUUAAAGACAAAAGAAUAAUCUACGAACUCAGCUUACAGGAGGCCAUUUCAUUUUACACUGGCUACUCCCCAUACUUCAGGGUCACCAAUUUUGUGUAUGGUGGAUGGACAAUGGGUAGGAGAUCUUUAGAACUAGUGGCCGGCGUCGACUGUCCAGAGACAUCCAAGUUUUUCGACACGCUGCAUUUCGUGGACAUCAAUGAACCGGAAGUAAUCAGGAAUGCGGUAUGCGUUUUUGAAAUGGACAGCGGUAUUCCACUGAGGCGCCACUUUGAAGCAAUUGGAAAAAGGUUCCGCUUUUUUGAAGGAAUGACCAGUCAUGUGUUAGUAAUUCGCACCAUUGCCACUUUGCGCGGUCAUGACAACGUCUUCGAUUUUAUGUUCUAUCAGAAUGGCGUUGUGGAGGUAAAAUCGACACCCACCGGCUACAUACAAACAGAGAACGGCCAAACAAGCCUCGAUGAUCCAUAUGGGCAAGAUAUUGAGAAUAAACUGCUAGGAAACCUACACGAUUACACAUUCCAUUACAAAAUAGAUCUUGAUGUCUAUGGUACCUCCAAUUAUUUUGAAAAAAUCUCAAUCAGUAAAGACGACGAACCAAAUAAAUGGCUUCCACCGCAAAGAGAAAAUGUAAUAGUAUUCCGCCGAGAACAGCUAAAACUGGAGCUUGAAGCAGCGAUUGAGAACAUCGACUUCGGAAAGCCAACUUUUUAUAAUGUGUACAGUAAUGAAAAAAACAAGUUUGGCGUAAGUAGAUGA